AUGACUUACCGCAGAACUCGUAAGAGACGGCGUGUAGAUGCAUUCCCAGAAGACGAACAGUCCGAAAAUAUUGAGCCUACUGAAGCUGGCGUCGAAGCGGAUACCAAGCAAAGCGAGAUGGGUGAGCAUGAAGAUGGUAAUAUCGAAAACAUUCCUGCGAAUGGAGAGGAAGAUGAAACAACUCAAGCCGAGGAGGAAGCUGCAGCGAACGAGAGCCCAGAGCCGGUGAAGGAGCAGGAGAUAUGGGAUGGUUUCAAAGAGGAGAAUUACGAGAUUUUGGAGCAGUUGCCCUUGUCACUACAUCGCUCGUUCACGCUGAUGCUGGAACUGGACCAGCAAGUGCAUUCACACGAAAGCAUCCUGCUACUCAGCCUCAAGAAGUAUAUUAUUCUUCGCAAAGCACUAGUUGAAAGAUUUGAAGCUGUCAAUGGAGAUGGAACCAAUGAGGUUGUUGAGCGAGGCACAAGCGCGCGGGAUACAUUAUUCCAGAGCGCGUCGGAAAACCUAUCACCUGCAUCCGUUAUAUCAGGGGAGGAAACUUCCAGACAGUCUUCCGCUCGUCCCUCACCCGAGCUCCACAAAUUGCCGGGACCUUCGAGACAGCUACUCACACUCAUUGCCCAGUCAUCCGAAGAGAUUGUCCGCGCUACCAAUGAGAAGGUCAACGUCGCCCUGUUCGCUUAUAAUUUGGUGGACAGAUACAUUCGUGAUCUUGACCGCGCAAUUAAGGAGCAGGAAACAUCAAUCUCUCUUGGUCUUCGACCUGGCACUCACCCUGCAUCCAUCAUUUUACCUGAAGUAGUUGUCCCAACUGGCAUACGCCCACACCGUCCGCCACCCAGUCCGCUAUUAUUGCCGACUACAAUUGAAGAAAUGCCCUCGCCAGCUGAAAUCGAGCCCUCGGACACAGGUGAGGUGACGUUAGGAGUCGUUUCGACAGAAACGCCCACCACUGGUCAAGAUGGGACUCCAGUUCGUCCUAGAAGGAGAAGAGUGGCGAAAUGGUCAAGGAAGAAAAAGAGCGUUGUUAAGCCUCCCGGGGACGAGGACGCCGAUAUGCCUGCAGCAUCGUCUGGACUGACACUGACCGUACCUCCUCUGGCGUCAGUGGCUCUCAACGGCGGCGACAUGCCCAUUGACCCAAACGAACCCCGUUAUUGCUAUUGCAAUCAAGUCUCCUACGGAGAGAUGAUUGCCUGUGACAGGGACGGAUGUGAACGCGAAUGGGCAAGUUUUCGCCCAUCUUUAAAUAAGAUGUACCUAAUUGUCGAUCUCCGACUCAGUUCCAUCUUGGCUGUGUGGGGUUGA